GAAAGAACGAAAACGUCACAUAAGGUUUUUAAUUAACGUUUUGUGCGCGAUUUUUAAAUUUAGAUAGUUGUUAUUGUAGCUGUUACAUGAAAGCUAUUAGUAUUGAUCUAUACAUCAGGUUGAGACUAAUAUAAAAAAGUUGGAACUAUAAAUUACUUAAAAAGAAACAAUGUUUAGUCGCAGUGGAUUAUGCAGUAUGCAGUUUUUAUUCAAAAGAAGGGUCUCGGUACAAAAUGUACAUCAAACACGAUGGAUUGGAAAAGUUGUACUGGAAUCUCUAGAAUCACGAUCUAUUCUGGGCGUACGAGGAAGCGAUGCUGUUCCAUUUCUGCAAGGACUGAUUACCAAUGAUAUGAAUCAUUUGCUACGUGGAUCAACUUCUAUGUAUGCAAUGUUUCUAAAUACUUCCGGUCGUGUAUUGUACGAUUCUCUAAUAUAUCGCGUUGAUGAAAAGGUUGGACAACACUUUCUCGUGGAAUGCGAUACGAGCGUUGUUGAACAACUUGCAAAGCAUUUGAAUCUGUUCCGAGUAAGAAAAAAGGUAGAAAUAACAAAAACAGAUAUGAAAAUGUGGGUUGCAUUUACUGCUCAAAAUAGCACACACGAUCAAAGCCCAAACAUUGCCUUAAAGAAAGCGGACAUAAAUGGUACAUUAAUUUUUAAGGACGCCCGCUUGCCAGAACUCGGCUACCGUUUACUCACUAAUAGUAGCACAGUUCUAAAUGACCUGAAAACGCAUUUCUCCGAUGAAAUUGACUCCCCACAAAAUGGUUCUUUCGUGCAGCAUCGGUACUCCUUAGGGAUUGGAGAAGGUGUGAUCAAUCUACCACCGGGAAAAUGCUUUCCGUUAGAAAACAAUUGUGAUUAUUUGCAUGGUGUUAGCUUUCAUAAAGGAUGUUAUAUUGGUCAAGAACUUACAGCCCGAACAUAUCAUACAGGAGUUAUUCGGAAACGCCUAAUGCCCUUGAUUUUCGACCAACCUGUCGAUUGUGGAUUACUACCAGAGGAUGCCGAAAUUAAAACAAUGGAAGGUCAAACAGUUGGAAAAUUAAGAGGCUAUCACAAGACCUUUGGAUUGGGUUUACUACGCAUUGAAAAGGUUAUCUCUAGUCAAUUGAUGAUUGCAGGCAACACAUACCACUGCAAAACCUUCAAACCGGAUUGGUGGUUAAAGGAACAACCGAUAAAAAAUUGAAAUAUAUAUGGACCAACGGAAGCAAAAUCACUCACAGUCGCCUGGAGGAACGUUUACCUGUGAUUUAUGCAAAUGGACAGAAGUUUUCGAUUACUACGGCAAGGAAGUCCCUUUCGUGAAAAAAGUUACGUUUCAUGAAAAUUGCUUUGUAAUGAAGGAUCCUUUCUCACCACCACCUUCGGUUAGGCAAACUUCUUCUGUUGAACAUUUUAUCGCGAUAGGAUCUAAAUGUAAAAUGUGCUCAAAAACGGUGUGUAAAAGUAAUGAUUGUAGUUCAUACUAUAUAAAUACAUACUGUAAGCAUUGUAGUUUAGCAAAUAUUCAUCUAUUUCCUCUAGAUAUGCAGAGCAAAAUUAAAAAA